GGAAAGCGAGGGACCUGCCCGAGGUCGGCCGGCGUGUGCGGGGAGGUGCAGCCGCCGCGCCCGCUGCUCAGAGUCUGAGGACUUUCCGAGGGAAGGAGAGGCAGGUUCAAGACAGGUGAAUAGGCUGGCUAUGGUGACGGGACGAUGUUGGCCAGAAAGAGCAUCAUCCCCGAGGAGUAUGUGCUGGCGCGCAUCGCCGCGGAGAAUCUACGCAAGCCGCGCGUGCGAGACCGCCUCCCCAAAGCCCGCUUCAUCGCCAAGAGUGGGGCGUGCAACCUGGCGCACAAGAACAUCCGUGAGCAAGGACGGUUCCUGCAGGACAUCUUCACUACCUUGGUGGACCUGAAAUGGCGCCACACGCUGGUCAUCUUCACCAUGUCGUUCCUCUGCAGCUGGCUGCUCUUCGCCAUCAUGUGGUGGCUGGUAGCCUUCGCCCAUGGGGACAUCUACGCUUACAUGGAGAAAAGUGGAACGGAGAAAGGUGGUUUGGAGUCCACGGUGUGUGUAACUAAUGUCAGAUCUUUCACUUCUGCUUUUCUCUUCUCCAUUGAAGUUCAAGUGACCAUCGGAUUUGGAGGGAGAAUGAUGACGGAGGAAUGUCCUCUGGCCAUCACAGUCUUGAUUCUCCAGAACAUCGUGGGUUUGAUAAUCAAUGCAGUCAUGUUGGGCUGCAUUUUCAUGAAAACAGCUCAGGCCCACAGAAGGGCAGAAACUUUGAUUUUCAGCCGCCACGCUGUGAUUGCUGUCCGAAAUGGCAAGUUGUGCUUCAUGUUCCGCGUGGGUGACCUAAGGAAGAGCAUGAUCAUUAGUGCCUCAGUGCGCAUCCAGGUGGUCAAGAAGACAACCACACCCGAAGGGGAGGUGGUGCCUAUUCACCAGCUGGACAUUCCCGUUGAUAACCCAAUUGAGAGUAAUAACAUUUUUCUGGUGGCCCCUUUGAUCAUCUGUCAUGUGAUUGACAAGCGCAGCCCCUUGUAUGAUAUUUCAGCAACUGACCUCGCCAACCAAGACCUAGAGGUCAUAGUGAUUCUGGAAGGAGUGGUUGAAACUACCGGCAUUACCACACAAGCAAGAACCUCCUAUAUUGCGGAGGAGAUCCAGUGGGGCCAUCGCUUUGUGUCUAUUGUAACUGAGGAGGAAGGAGUGUAUUCUGUGGAUUACUCCAAAUUUGGCAACACUGUUAAAGUAGCUGCUCCCAGGUGCAGUGCCCGAGAGCUGGAUGAGAAGCCUUCCAUCCUGAUUCAGACCCUCCAGAAGAGUGAACUAUCCCAUCAAAAUUCUCUGAGGAAGCGUAAUUCCAUGAGGAGAAACAAUUCCAUGAGGAGGAAUAACUCCAUCCGAAGAAACAACUCAUCGCUCAUGGUGCCCAAGGUGCAAUUCAUGACUCCAGAAGGAAAUCAGAACACAUCAGAAUCAUGACAGCAAGCCAACCUCAAGAAAAUCUGUUAUCACAUGGUGGUGGUUUGGGCAAAGCACAGUCGGACUGCACCAGAGCUGGAAACCAGCAAUUUGUUCUAUAUCUUAUGCACCAAAUGAUACUCAUAUUCAACAACUGCGCUUUCUGUGUCACUAACCAGUAACACAAGGCGGAGGAUUCAUGGCUGACACUCGUCUCACACAUACGGCAUCUGCAGGGACAUGCUUCUGUUAUGUAGAGGAAAUAGUAUGCUCUCCUUUCUGUCAAUUCGAAACCUGAGAAUUCCAUUAGUAGUGAUAGGCCUUGAGUACCAAAGUUGGCCAAGGAAUGAUUCUGUUUGAAAUGCAUUGUACUUGAAACCACAGAUCUCUGUUUCCACUGGUCACUCUGAAUGCAAGUAGGAUGGGGAGGGGAACCCCAAAAGGGUGCUGUUAACACCUCUUGUAUAUCAACCAAUAUGUUGCCUUCUCCUUUUUCCAGAUUCUGUGCCUGGUAAGAAGCCUGAGGCAAAAACUGCUUCUCUCUACGUGCUUCUAAACAGAUUGCAGUCACUUACUUCUUCACAGUGACCUUUGCAGGUUUCCUCGUCCUCCUUGAGGCCGCCUGUUGGUGGAACUGGGCAAAGAGCUUUGGAGAAAAGCUAAGAACAUUCCUGUCUCACUUAGGACUGGAUCCCCAAAAGUGACAGUUAUUUCUUUCGGCUUCUCACUUCUUAAAAGUCCCCACAGGGAAAUACUGUAUUGAAUAUUUUAUUAAAAUAUUUUCUUUGUA